AUGAUGGCCUCCAACAGUACCGGCAUGCAAAGUUCAUACUCAUACGAUCAGCCGGCAAGAAUCCAGGCUGAGCUGGUCAUGUUGCUUGGGCAAUUUGUCAAUAUGAUUGCCUCCCACGCAACCAUUGAGCUUCGAGAUGUACCAGAGUUCCGCACUAUUAUUUAUCAACUGUGUGAGAAUGCCCCGGAAGCCGCUCAGACCAUUGCCGGAGCGAUUCGAGAUAAUAUUACACAUUCUGGAGGACGCAAGCGCAAGCUAGAUCAAGAUCCUUCGUAUCGCCCACCUAAGUCUGCGAGGCGCAGGAGAGGUAACCUCACAGCCAACAAAUUUGGAAAGGAACUCAACGUGGAUAAAUCUCCCAGCCACUCUGGUAAGGUCCAUGGCGAGAAUUCGGUGGGACUGCCUUCGUGUACUGGUCAUCAUCUUCCAUCCUCGAAAAACAGUGGCGGUGAAGGAGAGAAGAGUAUGGCUAGCGCAUAUACCACGAUUAUCGCAGCAAAAGGAGACCUUAUGGCUAGCUCCAAGGUGCGAAAUGCCAGUUCAGCUCCAAGUGAAUCUGAAUUACCCCCCCAAGUCAGGGAUGGACCAAUACCUCUGGAAGAGUCUCCGGCCCCUCAGUCCGCCAAGUCCGUUUCAGCUACUCCAACAAGACAGACACAGGCUGAUGGUGACUCUUCCUCACUUCAGACAGAAGAGAUAUGCAGAGAAAAAAUACCAGCAUCACUCGAGAGUAUCAAAUUGUCGGGUCAAUCCACACCAAGGCCUUUGUUUUCGGAGACAGACUUUGUCACGGAUUUAACACUCCAGGCUGCCCGCACCAUUUAUCAGCUCAGCAGGCAUCUGGACGGUGUUCCCAGGGAUGUACACGUACGAAUCCUUCAAUCAUUUCAAGGAGACAAUCCGGGAGCGAUCGCAGCCGCACCCGGCAACCAAUGGUCUGAUGGAUCAAUAUGGAUGCAGGUGCUUGAAAUGGGUGCAUCACAACAGACUAAAGUGACUGUCCUGAAUAUGCUGGAAUAUAUGGGGGCCUGGCAAUGGUAUGACAACCAGGUGAGGCUUGCACAAGCAACUAUCCUGACAAAGAAGCACAAGCCGGUGGAGCGCCGUGGAGCGGCAAUUCAUGUGUUGGACAAGAUGCAGGAAGGUCCAAUUCAAGUUGAAGGAAGUGGGAAGUGGAUCGGCGGAGUUGGUAUGGUAACAUUGCAAGGCGAUAAGCCCAAUAUUCCGUCAAAUGUCCCGGCCAGUAUCACCGCGAGUGAGAGACAUUUGCAGAGAAAGCAUAUCAGUAUGCAGCUUAGUCGAGGCCAGAAGUUAAGCACGAAGCUUGUAAAAGAACUUGGACUUGGGAUAUUGUUCCAUCACCAAAUUUGGAAAUAUACUAAAAUGAGCAUGGGACAACUUGACAUCCUAGUCAGAGAAAUCCAGGCGGAUCCCAGGCACAUGAAGCUACUAAAAAUCCUAAGCUCACAACUAGAGCGGCUGAUUAAGGACGGAUCGCCAGACCUUCACAUGUUCUAUAGGGAUUUACAAGAAGCAGAGCUAAUAUCCGAAAGCGAGAUUCGCGAGUUGCAAAUGGCUUGUGCCUUGGAGGGGGACUAUCUCCCUGAAGGUAAACUUGAUGCAGCCAUAGAUUGCUUGAUUGAAGGAGUUAAUACAAAGGUGCUAAGCAAGGCAAUGUUUGAACAUGAUGAUACCAUUGCAAUUAAUAUGAGCGCGGAGCUACCUUGUGAGAUCUUUCAGCGACUUCGACCGGGCCAUUGGCUGGACAUGUGGACUAUUAUGGGUCUUAUGCAGCUAUCUGACAAGCCAGCGUUUGUCAGACAUGAUCUAAGUAUCCCAUUGGACGAGAUUGGGAGUAAUAAUCAGAUACGACCGAUUAAGCGGCCAUUGAGAGGUUGGGCCAUGAGGAUUGCCAAGCACCGACGAGAGGCCAAGGAGGCGUUUGGGAAUGUGGUCCCUUUGGUAUAUUUCUGCCCCAUCAACCAUAAUAACAAUCAUUUUACCUUAGUCGAAAUUAAUGAACGAGAACGAGCAAUACGUCACUAUGAUUCGAUGGCCCAGGCAGAUACCAUCCACGGCACCAAGGAGACGCGAAUGUCACGAUUAAUUAAAGAGGAAUUUAGUGGUCUGAAAUUCUCCUACCAGGAAGCCCCCACUCCGCAGCAGAAUGAUGGAUGGAGUUGUGGCAUCAGGGCAAAAGAAUGA